GGCCUUUGCAGUGGGGAGUUGUUUGGCGGAUCCCGCAAGUUUUUCUUUACUUUACAUGUUAUUGUUGUUUCUCUGAGGAAGGCCAAACUCUUUAUUUUCAUUCACACUUGCCUCGUUGUUCGCUCGGUCUAUCGACGAACUUUAAAUAAAGUGUUUUGGGGCGUGGUACUCAACUAGAGAGCCGAAGAAGGAAGGAAGGAAGGCAUCGGUGACUCGGACUGACCACGGCUGAGCUUAUGAUGCCGACGUUGCGGGACAGCACCAUGUCCCACCCCGGCGAGAAUUCCCACCAAGUCCGGGUGAAAGCGUAUUAUAAAGGGGACAUCAUGAUCACUCAUUUUGAGCCGUCCAUCUCGUACGAGGGUCUGUACGGGGAGGUGAAGGACAUGUGCUCCAUGGACAACGACCAACUCUUCACCAUGAAGUGGAUCGACGAGGAAGGUGACCCGUGCACCGUGUCGUCUCAGCUGGAGUUCGAAGAAGCCCUGCGUCUCUACGAACUCAACAAGGACUCUGAGCUCAUUAUCCACGUGUUUCCAUGUAUACCAGAGAAACCUGGCAUGCCGUGUCCUGGAGAGGACAAGUCUAUAUAUCGGCGUGGAGCGAGGCGCUGGAGGAAGCUCUACUAUGCCUGUGGGCAUGCCUUCCAGGCCAAGCGCUUCAACAGGCGAGCCCACUGCGCCAUCUGCACAGACCGUAUCUGGGGUCUGGGACGACAAGGCUACAAAUGCAUCAACUGCAAACUGCUGGUGCACAAGAAGUGUCAUAAACUGGUCACAGUGGAGUGUGGCAGGCAGAUGAUCCAGGAACCAAUCAUGCCCGGCGGGUCAUCGAGUCAAUUAGACCAAGGCGAACAGCCAGGGCCACAGAAUAAAGACUCCAGAGAAAGCUUGACUUACGACGGUGAAGAGAAAGAGGCACGCAGCAGUAGAGACACGGGGAAAUCGCCCUCCAGCCUGGGCCUGGCAGACUUCGAUCUGCUCAGGGUGAUCGGCCGGGGCAGCUACGCCAAGGUGCUGUUGGUGCAGCUGAAGAAGACCGAGCGCAUCUACGCCAUGAAGGUCGUGAAGAAGGAGCUUGUCAAUGACGACGAGGACAUCGACUGGGUCCAAACGGAGAAGCACGUUUUCGAGCAGGCCUCCAAUCACCCCUUCCUGGUCGGCCUCCAUUCCUGUUUCCAGACGGAAAGCCGACUGUUCUUUGUUAUUGAAUAUGUGAACGGUGGAGAUCUAAUGUUCCACAUGCAGAGACAAAGGAAACUCCCAGAAGAACACGCAAGAUUCUACUCUGCGGAGAUCAGUCUGGCUCUCAACUACCUCCACGAGCGGGGAAUCAUCUACAGAGAUCUAAAGCUGGACAACGUGCUGCUGGACUCUGAAGGACACAUCAAACUGACGGACUAUGGCAUGUGCAAGGAGGGCUUGAGACCUGGCGAUACGACGAGCACGUUCUGUGGUACACCUAAUUACAUCGCACCCGAAAUACUUAGAGGAGAGGAUUAUGGGUUCAGCGUGGACUGGUGGGCUCUGGGUGUGCUGAUGUUUGAGAUGAUGGCGGGCCGGUCGCCCUUCGAUAUCGUCGGGAGCUCUGACAACCCGGACCAGAACACAGAAGACUACCUCUUCCAAGUGAUAUUGGAGAAACAGAUCAGAAUCCCCCGCUCGUUGUCCGUCAAAGCCGCCAGCGUCCUCAAGGGCUUCCUCAACAAGGAUCCCAAGGAGCGUCUAGGCUGCCACCCUCAGACGGGCUUUGCCGACAUCAUGGGCCAUCCGUUCUUCCGAAACGUCGAUUGGGACCUCCUGGAGCAGAAACAGGUGGUCCCUCCUUUCAAGCCCAAUAUCUCUGGGGAAUUCGGAUUGGACAACUUUGACGCCCAGUUCACCAACGAGCCCAUCCAGCUAACCCCUGAUGAUGACGAUGUGGUCAAGAAGAUUGACCAGUCUGAGUUUGAAGGAUUUGAGUAUAUCAACCCACUCCUGAUGUCGGCGGAGGAGUGUGUGUGAGGGGACGCGACAUCUGUGCUCGCACACGCACAUGCACAUGCACACGCACACACGUUACGUGGCGUCCCAGUGUCUUCAAGCUGCAUGGUUAAGAGACAACCCGGGGACUUCAGCCUUCUGUUCGAGGGCCGCACAGUAGAAUGCUUAUUUGCCAAAACCAGUCUCUCACUCUGCCAUUUAUAACCACUUGCCCUUAAGCCCACCCACUUUUUUCAUUAUUUUUAUAUCAUCAUGUAAAUCUGCACUGAUAUUGAUUUUGUCGUCGGGGUUUCUUUAUCUAUAGGCUACAAAGUUCUUCCGAGGUUGCUGUAUGUCGGGGGAUGAGGCCUCGGCCCCUGGCCGAUGAACUGAACAUCCUUUCCUUCCAGCUGGUGGGGUGUUUUCAAUGCAUAUUUUAUUUGUACAUAUAUGAAUCUUCUAUAAAUAUGGGACGAGGCCUUUUCAGCUUCAAGCCAGUCGUACUAAACUGACAACUUAAUCACCGUAAGGACAUUUUGGAUUCAGCUUUGUCGCAAUGCCCCCACUGUAGACAAAAGAAGAAUCAUGACACUAGCCUUAGAUAAAAAAUCUAUAUAUUUUUCUCAUGUUUUAUUUAACAUCCUUAUAUAUGUUGUUCUAAUGUGUUGCAUGUCCAGCCAGAUUAAAAAAACAAAAGGUUCAGGCUUUGUUGUUCAGAUGAAAACACAACAUCAUCUGUAAACCGGAA